AAUCGCAGCGGCGCGAAUAAAGCAUCUCUCAAACCAGAGCGAUUAUGAUGAUUAACUUAUAAUCAUUCACUUUUAUUGAAAAAAUAUUUAUCAAAAAUCAUCACAUGUGACGUAUAUGCGUUUAGCUGUUUAUGCGUAAUGUCUUUCUUCAAAUGUCUUUUGCCAUUCUCACGUGUACUAAUGUAAAGAAGGGCAAAAGUGAAGCUGCAUACUGAAUGCGUACAAAAACAAUUGGAGGAGAAAAGUAAACAUGGAGCGACUGAUCGAGCUGGUGGAGAAAAACCAAUUAUUGUAUGAUUCGGCGCACCCAGACUUUAAAAAUAAUACAAAAAGGAACCAGAUAUGGGACCAAAUUGGAUUGGAGCUGGGAGAAAGUGGAAAUGAAAUUAAAAAAAAAUGGAGAAGUAUGAGGGACACGUUUGCCAAACAUAUGAAGACCCCUAGCAAACCGUGGAUUUGGGCUGACGCCAUGGAGCGGUUUCGCCCUUAUAUGUCCCACACAAGUGAGAACGAACAAAGAGAAUGCGAACCUGCAGUUUCGCUGGCGGAUGAGGAGGUUAGCGCCGAUGGGUUUAUCCCAAGGGCGACGUCCUCCUUCACAUCCGUGACGCAAAAUCGGGGAUCAGACGCAUUGGACAUGCUCUUUUUGGCGUAUGCGGAAGCAGUUCGCCAAUAUGGCCCAAGAAGACGGGCGAUAAUUAAAUUUAAAAUCGCUCAAGUGUUUAUGGAGGAGGAAUUGGCGGAUGUCGACGAAACGUCGCAAUAAUAAUAAUAAUAAUAAAAAAAAAAAAAUAAUAAUAAUAAUAAUAAUAAUAA